AUGUCAACAGUAUCAGUCCCCGAACAAACCGAAACCCCCGAAUUCGGCUUCAACUCCAAACAGGGCGUAAACUGGUCCGACUACGUGAUCUUCCGACCAAUCUACCCUCCCUCAUUUUUCAAUCGAAUCUUCACCUACCACGCCAACUCCAAACCCGAAACCAACUGGACAACAGCCCACGACGUCGGCGCGGGCUGCGGAAUAGCAGCCUCAAGCCUAGCAACUCGCUUCGACAAAGUAAUAGUCUCAGACCCAAACGAAGGCUACACAACCCUGGCGCACAAAGUGCUAGUCACCGAAUCGGGACACCCAGAAUCCAAAUUCCGCUUCUUACAAGAAAGCGCAGAGAAAUGCAGCGUGGAAUCUGGGAGCGUGGAUCUGAUCACUGUAUGCGAAUGUAUCCACUGGAUGCGACCAGAGGUCGCGAUAGCCGAGUUCGCAAAACAGCUCCGUGUUGGCGGGACAUUGGUUAUUACGCAUUAUAACCACCCCCGGAUUGAAGGCAAUGAACGGGCUCAGCGGGCUUGGGAUGCUAUUCGGGAUGUUUACGUUGGUGCUGUGAGCAAUCCUAUGUUUGAGCAUGCGUUACGGAUUAUGAGUUCUGGAUUUGAGUGUCUUGGUUUCCCUGUUGAGGCAUGGGAGGGUGUGAGAAGAUUGUAUGUUAAUGCUCUUGGGCGGGUUGAGACGUUUAGGCUGGAUGAUCGGGUUGGGAAGACUUUAGUUCACGAGGGAGAGGAGGUUGCUUGGGAGGAGGGGGAUGAAGGCUGGAUGGAUGAGCAAGGCAUUGAGUGGUUUAGGGGGUAUUUGGCCACUUGGGCCAAGCCUGAUGUGUCUGAGACGGAGUUGAAGCCUUAUUGGGAGGAGUUGGAGAGGGCUAUGGAUGGGAAGAAGGUUAGGACUGCUACGCCGUUGGUUAUGGUUUUUGCUACUAAGAGGGCUUAG